AUGACGCCGCACUCAUCGCCUAGCGGAACGAGCAGAAAGAGCACCACUGAGGCCCCUGCUCAGGGCUCUGCGUGGACUAGCAAUGCCGCUAAUGAGGAGAUGAGGAUCCAAAUUGCAUGGACACGCAUGACUCCAGAGAUGUGUAAGGAAAUCUGCCGCACUAUCGUGAACAGCGGGGUGGAGGUCCCUCUGCGCGUCGUCGACCUUAUCGACAACCAACUGGGCCCGGAGCAAACACAAAAAAUUGCGUCUGUGCUGGAGUCCUCCACGGUGCGGGAUGUGCUACUGCGGUACAAUGACAUUGGCAAGGAGGGCUGCGAUGCCUUGGCGAACUUUGUGAACGUCUCUACGAAGCUGCAGCUGCUUGACAUUCGCGGGAAUGCCCUCACAGCUGGGUGUGUUCGCAAGCUGCUCAAGUCGAUUUCCAUGUCCACCCCCCUGACUCGACUGGGGUUGAGCGCAAACAAGAUUGGGCAGGAGGGUGCUGUCUUGCUGCUUCGUGCACUUGAAAAGAAUGCAUACCUGACAUCGCUUGAUAUCUCCCUUAACGAAAUUGGCCCGAGUGGUGCCCAAAGCAUCGCACAGCUCCUCGUACUCCCCGCUUCCCCGUUGAAGACUCUACAGCUGUACGGGAACCAUCUCGGCUGCUCCGGCGUGGUAGCAAUCGCAACGGCUGUUAAGAAAAACAAGUUUUUGAAGGACUUAACGCUUGGCAACAACAACGCCACGGAUGCAUCCACCGAGGCGCUUGCCGAAAUGUUGCGGGAAAAUUCCACGCUUGAAUCGUUGGAUCUGCGCUCCAACACACUGACGGCGGCGGGUGUGCGUAAUCUGGCGCGUGAUGGGUUGGCGCAUAACACGUUUCUAGUGGCCCUCUCUCUCUCGGAUAACCCGAUAGGGAGCGUCGGCGGGGACGAGAUUGCCAAGACGCUCAUUAUGCACCAGGGCAGCGCCUUGGCUACGCUCGACCUUAGUUCCUGCGAUCUCGGCUCCACGGGUGGGAUGCGCAUUGCCAGUCUCAUUGCCGCUACCAUCACGCUCAAUGAGGUCAACUUGAGCGAUAACAAACUCGACAACGAGGCGGCGGUUGUGCUUGCGAGAAGCAUUGUGAACAGCAUCUCUAUCUCUAUAGUUGACUUGUCCGCAAACGAGAUUGGCGAGUGGGGUGCAAGCAACCUGAUUGACGCUACACAGCUUAACUCCCGUAUAUCUUCCUUGAUACUGCAUGGGAAUCAUAUUAACCGUGUUGUUCAAAAGAAGAUCGAUACAUUGCUGGGCGAUCGCAUCUCUAGAAACCGCGUGCAGGAGCAACAGGCCUCUCUCCUUCACCCACGAUAG